AUGGCCAGGCAGUGGCACGACGGCCACUCAGCCUCCGUCCUGUGUGUGGCCGCGUCUCCGGGCCCCGAGGCCCUCCUCGCCUCGGGGUCCGAGGGGGGCGAGGUGACGGUGUGGAGCCAAGAGGGCGCCGUGGUGGGCCGCCUGACUCUGGCCGGGGGAGAGGACGUCACCGGCGUGGCCUUCUCCCCGGCGGCCCCCGGCCCGCUCUACGUCUCGCACGGGGAGGCGGUCAGCGUCUUCGACCCCCGGAGCCUGAAGGGCCCGGCCCAGCGGCUCGAGGGGGCCGGGGAGGAGGAGAUCAACGCCGUGGCCCUGAACGAGACGGGCUCGGCCCUGGCCGUGGCCGACGACUCCGGGGCCGUGAGGGUGCUGGAGCUUCCGGGAGGGAGAGUGAGCCGGACUCUGCGCCGGCACACCAACAUCUGCUCCUCCGUGGCCUUCCGCCCGCACCGGCCCAACAACCUGGUGUCCGUCGGACUGGACAUGCAGGCGAGUGAAGCCCAGAGUUUUAAGUGCUUGCAUCUUCUUUUUUUUCUUUAUUUUUACCCCUUCCCCUUGUUCUUGUGGCAGGUGAUGCUGUGGGGUCUGCAGAAGACCCGCCCCCUGUGGAGCCUCAACCUCCAGGAGGCGGCGGAGGAGGAAGACGAUGGCCACCAGAAACCCGGCCAGCUUUUCAACCCGCCGCUGGCCCACUGCGUGUCCGUGUCCAGCUGCGGGAACGUUGUGGGGUGCGCGGCGGAGGACGGCCGGGUGCACCUGAUGCGGAUCGGCGCCGGCUCCAAACUGGAGCGGCAGGGAAGCCUCAAGGCCCACAGCCAGGGAGCCUCCCAGGCACACUUCGUCGGGUUCCUCUCCCACCCGUACUGGCUCGUCUCGGGAGGAAACGACUGCCGAGUGGCCCUGUGGGACCUCAGCAAGCACCCCGUGGUGGCUCCGGAGGGAAAGGAGGGAGGGUCAGCCCCCCAGCGCCGGAGGGCCAAGAGCAAGGCGUCCAGGAAGGAGCAGUCUCAGGAGAAAUCGAAGGCCCGGGGGAAGACGGAGGCUGGGACAGACCAGGCCGAGGGGGGGGGGGGGGCUGCAGCAGCAGGAGCAGAGGGGACAGCCGGGCCCAGGCUGAGCAUCAGCCACGGGGACAAGGUGAACUGGCUGUGCCCCGCCCUGCUGAAAGGAGAACCCAGCGUGGUGGUGGCGGACCAGAGCUCUUCUUUGACCGUCUACCCGCUGGGUCAGCUCUAG